AAGCAGGAAGAAGAAUUUGUGAGCUUCGUUUGUAGAGCUUCGGCGUGAGUUAGUUAGCAAAACGAAAAAAGUUUUGUAAACGCGUUAGCUUGUCGUAAAUGAAAUAGUGUUACGGUUUUUUUUUUUUUAUCGUCGUGAACUUCAGAAGGAGCCUCAAUAAAGUCACUCGUACCUUUUUUUUUUAACGACCACACAGGCAGAAAAGUUAGCUGUGUAACUUAGCCGCGAAAGCUAAAAACAACUGUAGCUGUUCAGGCGGCUAGUUAACUUUACUUAAAGUAGCAGAUGACAAUGUAAGACCAUGGUGGUUUUGAGAGGAGGAAUGUGUCCCGGACUGGAUGAAGAUUUAGUGCGUGGCCUGCGUGCUGUCGAUAUUAAAACAGUGGAGGAUUUGGUCUCAUCGGACAUAGAGGAACUUGCACAGAAAUGCUCAGUAUCAUAUAAGGCACUGUUUGCCAUCCGUCGAGUGCUGCUGGCCCAGCACACAGCAUUCCCCGUGUCAGGUGCUGAUCUGUAUGAAGAACUAUUGAGCUCAACAGCCAUCCUCUCCACUGGAAAUCCCAGCUUAGAUAAAGUGCUGGAUUCAGGCUUGUAUACUGGAGAGAUAACAGAGCUGUCAGGAGGCCCAGGAAGUGGCAAAUCUCAGGUGUGUUUUGGUGUUGCAGUGCACAUUGCUUAUCACCUGAAACAGAGUGUAAUAUUCAUCGAUACGACUGGAGGGCUGACUGCCAGACGCUUGCUUCAAAUGCUGCAAGCUGAAACAAAUAAUACAGAAGAGCAGAUGGAAGCUCUUCAGAGGAUCCAUAUCUUCCGUUUGUUUGACGUUUUCUCUUUACUCGACUGUCUGUACGGUCUUCGCAGUGGCAGGCUUCAGCAGGCGUCUGUUGGCGGUGGCUCCGUCAAGGCGGUGAUCUUGGACUCUGUGUCAGCUGUUAUCUCUCCUCUACUGGGAGGCAAACAAAAUGACGGCAUGUCCUUGAUGAUACAAGUGGCAGGAGUUCUUAAGACGAUGGCGAAGGACUUCAAUGUUGCUGCUUUGGUUACAAACCAUGUUACGAGAAGUGGCAGCGGGGAGUUGCAGCCGGGCCUCGGCGUGUCGUGGAGUCACAUCCCCAGAACCCGGAUCCUGCUGGAGCGCGUAGAGGAGGCCACGGCCGUCAGCCACUCCAGUCUGCGCUCUGCAACACUGAUCAAGUCUUCCAGACAGCCAUGUCACAUCAAAGAAGAGUUCGACUUGCAGUGGUGGAGUCGCUCUAAAGAAGGAUCCUCAGGAAAGAGAAAACUGGAUGAGACUGAUUCCUGAUGAGAGCAAACUGCAAUAUUCUGCCUAAAUGUCUGAUCAAAGGGAGGUACAACGCGCCUCUUGCGGAUACAUUCCCAGAUCCAGCUGGGUGACACUCUCUGGGCCUGGCUGUCCUCGUCAGGUUCAGCCAGCGUGUGUGUGGCCGAAGCUGCGUCGUAGUCCGGCACGAGGUCCCCGUCGUACGCCACAAAGUACCGCCUCAGUUUGUCAAAGUCCUGCACUGAGACGGGCAGGAAAAGCUUCACCCCACUGAAGAUGUCCAGCAGCGUCUACAGGAACAACACAAAUGGUCAGCACAGGGUUGAUUUUCCCCAAGUCCUGUUCAAGCCACAUGGCAUUCAACUAUUGCAAACUUAGAAAAGGAAAUCACAAUUAAAUUCUGACACUGAUUAAAACAUUGACUAUUUUUGUAAUCCAAAUUGUAAUGAUUGAACCUUACAUUAUUUUCAGUUAUUGAAAAAAAUUUAAACACUACAGUUGAUUAAACUUUUAUUUUUGAAGCAGUUCAGCUUAUUGGUUCCUAUUGUACUUGCAAAAGCAAUAUUCCCGCCCCUUUUUGCUCUGUGGUCCAAUAACAGUUGAGCAAACUGUGGCCAACUUUCUCCUUUCCUGUACUUCAAUAUGCUCUGUGCUAGGAUCAUCUGUGGAGAAAACAACUAAAUGAUCAAGAUGGUUAAAAGAUGAAAGACAUCAUCACAUCUCAAGUUAUCUAAUGUUUUGCUAUUAGUUGACUGUCACUUAUCUUGUUACCACCUUCAAAAUUUGGUCAAAACAGAGAGCGCCUAGCACAUAACAUAUCUGAGUACAGGACGGGAGAAAGUUCUGACCAAGGCUCGCUCUACUGUUAUUGGAGCAGAACUAAGGAAGGGUCAAGUGCUGAGAUUGUGAAAUAUGACAGGAGGCAUACACAAGCUUUGAAAAGAACAGGCAGGUUGUGAACAAACCUCCACAUGAGGAAAAACUACGUUAGAACAGAAAUUAUUCCGUUUAUAGAUCAACAUCCUGGUUCAACUCGGACCAGCUGUACCUGACGAAUUAUUAGAAUCAUUUCCGGUCUGCUCACAUUCAUUUUUACCUCCAAAGAUGGUCCAUUAUCUUGUUUCUGUCAUCGUGUUUACUAUCAGUCCCGUUUCUUGCACCCGUUUUUAGAUGUCACCGUAUCCCCAGAUCUCCGUAAUUACUCUGAGUAUAAUGUUAUAAUAGAACUGAUGGCCAGAGCUGCAAAAAUAAGCUUCUAGUUGUAAGACACCGUAGUUGUUCUUAUAACUCUUGGUUUGUAAAUGAUUUUCUAUAAGUACAGUUUAAUUAGCCAAUCUGGGUUUGAAUAUGUGGGAGCUGGACCACCACCACACUGUGUCCUACAGACAGAUUGAGUGCCCUCGCUGUUGACCAACCUUAUCGUUCCUUGGCUCCAGCAGCUGAGAGGUUGCCUUUGCUUUGCUUUGUCCAUUGCUGUGUACACUUUUACUCUUGAUCGGGUGGGGAACACUUUCAGUCUUGAUCUGGUGGGGAACACUUUCAGUCUUGAUCUGGUGGGGAACAGAACGGUCCGUUCAAGUCCACUGACAGGAUUACCUUAAUGUGAUGCCACUGAACAUACUGUGUGCUGUGAAUACAAUACCUUCUUGGCACUGGGUGCUUCUGAGCCUGGAGUGCGAGGCUGGGAUUUCACCACCUUUGGUUUGGGCGGGGUUUUGCUGUCUGUGAAGGGAGCGCAUGUUAUUGAUAAUAUAUCAAAUAAAAUAGCAUUUGCAGCACUCACUGAGGGUCACUCAUUUAGCCUGUGAAAUGAUGUGACUGCCCGCCAACACAUCUCUUUCUGUUUUACUGGUCAAGUUUAAGCUGCAAUGUGAACCACAUUCCACUGCAAAAUAAAUACCUCACAUUUCUGUGA